UACGCGUAUAUGAAUUUGAAGGACGCUGGCCCACGUAUAAGGUUGUCGUUUCGCGAGGUACGCAUUUGUGACGAAAGUAACAGAACUAUCGCCGCAGUUUCGAAUCUGUUGAUCGUAAUUUUUAACAGUGGAUUCGCACGGACUUACCGUGAUUUACCGCAUUUGACAGCAUUAAGAUGUCACCUUUACUACUAUUGUCGCUGUUACUACUGUCAUCGGCAAGCUUGCCCGGCACAGGGGCAAGAUAUAGACUCGAGAAUAACGUGAUGCCCAUUAAGUAUCUGCUCGAAUUGGAACCGGAUUUACAGUCGUUUAAGUUCACGGGAAAUGUGACAAUUUUCUUCGAAGUCAAGAGCCUGACAUCCUUGUUGAUAUUGAAUCAAAAGAAUUUGACCAUACAUAGCGUCGAGAUAGAAAAUAACGUGGCUAAAAUUAUCCUGCCCAAUGACAAACUGGAGACAUUAACGAUUUACUGCAAAGAAGAUCUCAAACCGUAUGUACUUUAUAUGAUUAAGAUAAGGUUCGAAGGUGUGCUGAACAAUCAGGAAGUAGGAUUUUACAGAAGUACUUAUCACGUUGGAAGGGAAAUCAGAUGGAUCGCCGCGACACACUUUCAACCAACGGGUGCGCGACUCGCGUUUCCAUGCUGGGACGAGCCCGAGUUCAAAGCGAUUUUCGAUAUCGCGAUCAGACAUCUACCACAAUACACGGCCGUGAUCUCCAAUAUGCCUGUACUCUACACGAUAGACGAUGGUGGAAUGAAAGUUACCGCGUUCAAGUCUACCAAGCCCAUGUCGACUUAUUUGGUGGCGUUCGUGGUCUCGGAUUACGCCUACAAAGCUCACGAUAAGGACGACACUUUCAAAAUUUACACAAAAGCAGAGACCGUAAACCGCACAACAUACGCGUUGGAUUUCAGCGUGAAAGCGAUGGAACAAUUAGAUAUCCUCACCGGAAUUAAAUAUUCCGAAUCCAUGCCGAAAAUGGAUCAAGUUGCCAUUAGAGACUUCAUUCCAUAUGGUAUGGAGAACUGGGGCCUUGUUGCCUACAGGGAGAAUACUCUUCUGUACAAGGAGGGCGUUGACACAAAUCAUAAAAAACAAAAGAUGGCAUUGAUCAUAGCCCACGAAUUCACGCACCAAUGGUUUGGGAAUCUGGUCAGUCCGAAAUGGUGGGAGUAUCUUUGGCUGAACGAAGGGUUCGCUACUUUCUACGAGUACUACAUCACGAACAAAAUAGAGACAACAUGGCGUUUAAUGGAAGCGUUUGUUGUGGAUGUGCUGCAACCGGGGUUGCUAGUAGACGCAUUCGACAUCGAGCAACCCUUGAACCACCCCGUGGACAGCCCGAACGAAAUUCUCGAAGUGUUUCAGCAUAUCGCUUAUCGAAAAGGUGGGUCCAUUGUCCGAAUGAUGAUCAACAUUUUGACGGAGGAGGUCUUCUUGAAAGGCGUGAGAACGUAUCUGAAAGAAAACAAAUACAAGAGCAUCGAUUCCGACGAGCUGAUCAAAUACCUUCAAGCUGCAGCUGGAUACCAUGCGGUCUGGGGAGAUGCGAAACUCGAAGAAAUUAUGGACACAUGGAUCACAAGAUCUGGAUACCCGGUGGUGACCGUGAAAGAGGACAAUGGCAAUUUCGUACUGAGUCAAGAACGAUUCCUGUAUUACGGAUUCGACGAAGUGACAAAGUGGUGGAUACCCAUAACAUACGUCACGAAAGAGAACCUUAAUUUCUCUCAUACAGCGCCGAUUAUUUGGUUGAAACCAACCGAGGAUAGCCACACGAUUUCGAACGUGAAUUCCGAUUGGAUACUUCUGAACAAUCUACAAAUGGGCUUCUACCGCGUCAAUUAUGAAAAGCACAUUUGGGAGAAAAUAACGCAGUACCUGCUUACCAACUUCGAGGAAAUACAUGCCGUGACUCGUGCUCAACUGAUAGACGACGCUUUGAACGUGGCUCGCAACAACCUUACGAGUUAUUAUACCGCAUUGGACCUGACACUGUAUCUGCACAAUGAAACAGACUAUAUUCCGUGGAUGACUACAUUUAGGAAUUUGGAUUUCUUGAACUCGAUGCUAUUCCCCUCCAAACAUUAUGACAUUUUCAAGGAUUACGUCAGGUACAUAAUGCAAGGUUUAACAAAUAAUGUAACGUACAAAAUUCUGCCACACGACUCCCAUACCAUGAAAAUUCUGAAAACAAACGCGUUCCUAUGGGCAUGCAAACUUGAAUUUAAAGAAUGUAGGGAGUCCAUCAGGGAGGAGUUCGACAAGUGGGUAAUCGACGACAAGCACGUGCUUGACACAAAUCUAAAGAGCAGCAUCCUUUGCACUGGAAUGAAAACUGCUAACGAGACGUUUUUUGAGGCUAUUGUAAAGAGGCUGACUACCUCUACGUUCGACGCAGAUGAGACAAACAUUGUGUUCGCAACUGCGGGUUGCUCGAGGAACAGUACGAUUCUUCAGCACCUGUUGGUAGAGUCUUUGAGUAGCCCUGGGUACAUCGACCUCGAAGAUGCCGAAGAAACUAUCGACUCUGAUAAUCACUCUCCCGAAGCCGAAAACGUUUCUAGUAUCGAUCAAGUUAUGAACAAAUUCGAGAACGCGUACAAGAAUAUCACGAAGUUGGUCACAGCCGAAAAGAUAGUCGAACCUUGCAUGUACGAUAUCUAUAAUGCAGCUCUAAACUUCGAUGACAUCCUAGAGUUGCACAGAUUCAUCAUCCACGCUAAACCUAAACUAGAAGCCAUGGUGAACUAUAUGCAAACAGCUACCAGACACAUGGAUUGGGACUAUAAUUACAGAACCGUAAUCGAAAAAUGGCUGAUCGAGCACAAAGAUCAAUUCGGAUCGACCAGCGGCACGGGCAAGAUCACGUUCGCGUUAUUCCUUCUUAUUCCUUCGAUAUUCAUAACGCGAUUUUACUAAAAAGAUCGUUGCGAAAUAUUUCUCGCAUGCUAUCGACGUGUCAUUUAGAAACGCAACAAACAGACUGCAAAGAUUUACGCAAAGUUUUUUUUUACGCAUACUUAAACGACUCGAAUAUAAUAAUCUUAAUGUAUCGAAAGCAGACCCGGGCAUAUUUGAAAUAUUAUUUCGAAUAACAUGUUAUUUUACUUCAUAAUUAUUUACAUGUCUGUGAUCGCUUUUGAAACAACGUUAUUUGAAAUAUUACUAAGAUAUUAUUUUAAAAUUAUUCGAAACAGGUAUGCCAGUUAAUUGUGAAUUGCUUUUUGGAAAUUACGUUUUGAUCUGAUUAUUAGCUCUGUGACUGGUGUAUUCUAACAUCCUUUCCACCCCAUUCUAUUCUAAAAUCUUAUCGUUGCAUAUUAUUUGGUUGAUUAUUAGUCACAUUUGAAAUGAAAAACAUAAUGAAACAAUUCAAUAUUUGAAAUUGCUAUUAUUUCAAAUGGAUCAAAGUUAUUUGUAUUUUCCAAUAGAGCAUUGAAUAUAACGGUUCGAAAUGAAUUAUUUCAAGUAGCUAUUUCUUACUCUCAUUUGAAAUACAAUUUGCUCGGAUCUGAUUGAAAGUAACGCGACAGGUUGUUAAAUAUAUCAGAAGCAUGGACUUUUAUCGUUUAUUGACAAUUUGAACAGGUUUAAAUAAAAUCGAGAAUAUCAUAAUCUAGUAACGCGGAAUGUUUCUCUGCAAAAGAUAAGGUUUUCUAAACUUGUAUAUCGAAAUUUUUUAAAAAUUGAUAAUGUAUGAAAUAGGUAAGACGUAUCGGUGAUAUUGCUGUACUUCGAAGUUAGAGAUUAGAAAUAGUAAUGUUACACGC